GAUGGAGGAGCUGUCCCGACGGGCAAGGGAGACCAGGCAGUGGGUGAGGAGGUGCUGCUGCUGUGCUGAGGAAGAGGAGGAUGGUGAGGAGAAAGGUUAUGAUGGAGAAAAAGAAGAAGAAGAAGAGGUGAAGAUAGAGGAGGUGAACUUCAGGAAAAGUUCAGCUUCACUUCCGCCUGCUGAGCUGGAUUCGGACUCAUCCUCCUCUGGCUCUCAGUCUCACUGGUUCCACACUCUGCAGGCCCGUCGGCUGAAAAUCCAGCGUGGGCGCAGCAACAGCGACCCGCUGAGAGGGGAGGGCAGCUGGGAGCCUCUUACCUGGAAAGCAGGUCUGGAGUUUGGGGCAGCGCACUCGUACCUGAGUCUGGAGAAACUGGGUGAAGGAACCUUUGCCUCGGUCUACAAAGGCAUCAGCAGGAUAAACGGGCAGCUGGUUGCUCUGAAGGUGAUUCGUAUGAAGACGGAGGAAGGCGUCCCGUUCAACGCCAUCAGAGAAGCCUCUUUGCUCAAACGUCUGAAACAUGCCAACAUUGUCCUCCUGCACGACAUCAUCCACACCAGAGAGACACUCACCUUUGUCUUUGAGUACCUGCAGACAGAUCUGGCCCAGUACAUGAUCCAGCACCCUGGAGGUCUACGCUAUCACAACGUGCGGAUCUUCAUGUUCCAGCUGCUGCGAGGUCUCUGCUACAUCCACAGCCGCAGGAUCCUCCACCGAGACCUGAAGCCCCAAAACCUGCUCAUCAGCUACCUCGGAGAACUCAAACUGGCCGACUUCGGUCUGGCUCGGUCCAAAUCCAUUCCCAGUCAGACCUUCUCCUCGGAGGUGGUGACACUGUGGUACCGCCCCCCUGACGUCCUGCUGGGAUCCACAGACUACUCCACAGCUCUGGACAUGUGGGGGGCUGGGUGCAUUUUCAUAGAGAUGCUGCAGGGGGCGCCAGCAUUCCCAGGAGUCUCUGAUGAGUUUGAGCAGCUGCAGAAGAUCUGGGAGGUCCUGGGCCUCCCCUCUGAGGACAGCUGGCCUGGUGUCAGCCUUCUACCCAAUUACAGACCAGAGCGGUUUCUUUACUCAGAACCAAAGCAGCUUAGGACCGUUUGGAAAAGGUUGGAGCAGCUGCCAUAUAAGACCGAGGACCUGGCCCAGGAGAUGCUAAAGGCCGUCCCUACAGACAGGAUCUCGGCUCCGGACGCCAUGCAGCACCUGUACUUCAGCACACUGCCUCCUCCCAUCAUGCACCUCAGAGACACUGUGUCCAUCUUUAAGGUUCCUGGCAUUCGUCUGGAAACAGAGGUGAGAGACAUCUAUAACCCUGGGCGCAAGGUCAAACCCUCUCUGCUGCCCUCUGCUAAAUUCUGGUGACUGCAAGCUCAUAAGCAGCCUGUCAAGAUGAGUGGAGGGGAGAACAAACCCAGAUGUCUCUCUGAAGACACAAACUGGACUUUGAAGUGAUAUUAAUACAGUGCCAUUGAAUGUUUGCGGUUCAGUUUGGAGAGUCUUUCUGGUUAAAUAAAGAUGUGUAUGUCAAACUUUCACUCAGAUCGGCUGUUAAGAUCUUAUGUAAAUCUGAUUUCUUGCCAAUGUAAAUAUAAACUGUCCCUGCAGUCUUCUGUUAGCAUUCAUUAGCAUCUGUUAGCAGCAGACUAACGAGCCCCAUGAAACUCCUCAUGAAUUUUGAAUGAAGAUUUAUUAAUAAAGCUCCAGGCCAACCUGCACUGAGAGACACAGCGUGUUUCUGUAUUCUGACUCUAACUGGAGAAAACUCGACCUCUGAAACUUUGUUAGUCCUCUGAUACACAAACAAGCCAACAGCUGAGAGAGGGGGGCUACCAGGUGGACCUGAUUUAACUGUGUUUACCUCUGACUGAUGAUGUUCCCCUCGUCCCCUACCUCACUGACACCUCAUGACUUGCCACAGCACUGUAACAAUACUAAAAUUUAAAAGCAUAAUUAAUAAAAAAAAUUAUUGAA